UUUUUACUGGAAUGAUUCUUCAAAUCAAACACAAACUUUAUCUCCAAUCACUUGAAGUGUUUUUCCAAUAAAAUUGAUAUAAAUUCACCUAAUCCUAACACCAGCCUAGUCUAUCUAAACCCACAAGCAUGUUAAGACUAGUUAUUCUAGCCACGUGCUUAACCCUUGGCCAUUUUGCCGACCAUGACACUUUCAAAAACUGCUCCCGUGUGGAAUUUUGCAAUACGUUACGAAACCGCCAACCCUUCGACAAAUACGCAGUCGACCCCUCAACCAUCACAAUCGACGACAAUGGCAGCGUAAAAAUGACUCUAAAAGCAAAAAAAGGCUCCGACCUCCAACUGGAACUCCUGGCCCUAGUCGACCGCACCUUCCGCCUGCGAAUAAAAGAAACAGCUUCGACACGAUACGAACUCCACGACGUUCUGGUCGCCGAGCCCCAACUAGCCCACAUUGACGGCGUCUUGCAACAAGACAAUUACGUGACCAUCCAAGUUGGCGAGACCACCGCCCAGAUUUUCUACGACCCGUUCGUUGUCAACUUCUACUUGGUGCAAGUGCACCAGGUGGUGAUUGACGGUAGUACCUUGACUUUUGACGAGUCGCUGGACCAAGCGUUCGCAUUCAAUGUCAAAUUCCCGGCGGCUUUGCAACUUUACGGGCUUCAUGAGCAUGCCGAUAGCUUGGCGUUGCGGGACACCAAUGGGUCGGACCCAUACAGGCUGCGGAACCUGGACGUGGCCGGGUACGAGCUGGACUCGCCCAUGGCGCUGUAUGGGGCGGUGCCUGUGCUGUAUGGAUGGGGGACUUAUUCCCAUGCGGGCGUUUUCCUGCACAAUGCGGCCGAGCAAUGGUACGACAUUACCAACGGCCAAUGGGACACCCAAGCCAACGUGAUGGUCGAAAGUGGGAUGUUUGACCUGUUUGUGAUGAUCGGGCCUUCGCCCGAGGACUUGGUCCAGCGCUAUUUGAGUCUCACUGGUACUUUCCGUCUACCACAGUUGUGGACUUUAGGGUACCACCAGUCACGCUGGAGUUACAUGAGCCAGGAGGAAGUCAAGGACGUCGUGGCCAACUUUACCACGUACAAUUUCCCCUUGGACGUGAUCUGGCUUGAUGUUGAUUACACAGAUGGGAAGAAGUACUUUACCUGGGACCCAGCAACUUACAGCGAUCCGGUGGAAAUGCAGAAAAACAUCUCAGCGGCGUUCAAACGCCUGGUGGCAAUCAUAGACCCACAUAUUAAGGUUGAAAAAGGGUACAACGUGUAUGACGGGGCUUUGGAAAAAGGGUACUUUGUGAAGCGGGCCAAUGGCAGUGUUUUUGAAGGCGAUUGUUGGCCGGGCUUGAGCAGUUACAUUGAUUUUCUGAACCCGGACGCCCGUCAGUACUACGGUAGUUACUAUUCGUACGAUAAAUUCCCGUACUCGACCCCGGUACUGUCCGGUAUUUGGAACGACAUGAACGAACCGUCCGUGUUUGACAACAGUAUCGAAAAAACCCUUCCGGGGGAUUCCCUCCACUUUGGUAACGUCUCCCACCGCGAUAUCCACAACAUCUACGGCCUGCUUCACACCAUGUCGACCCAUCAAGGCCUACUAGACCGUGAUAACGGUACCACUCGCCCCUUUAUCCUCACACGGGCGCACUUUGCUGGUACUCAGAGGUACUCCGGUAUCUGGACGGGGGACAACACAGCUGGAUGGGGGUACUUGAGCGUCAGUUACGACAGUUGUCUUGGUGCUAAUCUCCUGGGGCUGGUGUUUUGUGGGGCUGAUGUUGGGGGGUUCAGUGGUAAUCCUGAUACGGAGCUUUUGCAAAGGUGGUACCAGGCGGGCGCUUGGUUGCCGUUCUACCGCGCUCACGCGAGCUCGGAUACGCAAAGGCGGGAGCCUUAUCUUUUUGACAGUGGGGUGCAGGGGGUUAUCAGGGGGGCGAUUCAAAUGAGGUACCAGCAUUUGCCAGUUUGGUACACUUUGUUCUACGAGCAUGAGAGGAACAAAGUACCGGUUAUAAGGCCCCUUUUUUAUCACUAUUCGUACGAAUUGGAGACUUUUAAACUAAGGAACCACCUUCUAGUAGGGAGGGACAUUCUAGUGCGAGCUGUUGCCGAACCGGGGGUUGAGACAGUAACUGUUCAUUUCCCAGGUAGCGAGAAUGAACACUGGAUGCCAGUUGAUAGUACCGAAGUUUACGAAGGAACUACCGAUGUUGAUGUUCCAGUUGAUAUAAAAUCGAUUCCAGUUUUCUACCGAGUGGGGAGUGUCAUAGUUCGGAAAGACCUAGUUAGACUAAGUACCGACGAAAUGGCUAAUGAUGGUUACACCAUUAAUGCCUGUUUAGACAGGAGGAACCAAUCAACUGGCACCGUGUUUUUGGACGACUUCACCUCGUAUAAUUACGCCAAUAACAAGCAGUACAACUAUUUGAGGAUUGACAUGGAUGACGUGAACGUGGCACUAACGAAAAUCGACGAGGAUUCUAAUCCUGACGGGUUUGAUUUUGUUAUUGACGAAGUUAUAAUACAUCGGAUUGUGCAGGAGCCACAAAAUGGAAAACCGGGACGGUACGUUAAAACCGUUCACAAAACUGAUGCCAAUGGACAGCUGCUCAAAAAUUUGAAGUUUAAUUAUGAUGAACCUGUUAGUAUAAAGCUUGGAUUGUGAUUGUGUCGUUUCAAUAAACUGUAAUUAUCUGAAGAAAA